AUGAACAACAGCAUCACCAAGGCACGCCGCACACACAUCAACCCGCAUCAUGCUACGCCGCCCCUUGACAGACGCAGCAGCAGAACUGGAUUCAAGGCUAUCGGAACUCUCAAUCAGCCAGAUACUCGCCCUCACCCCGCUCCACCAGCUGCAAGUGCCCCCUUUGCACUGGACAAAGCACCAUCUCCGCCUGCUUAGAUGUGCCUUUGUUGACGACCAGGACAUCACCCAUCCUCAUUCCGUCUACAACCAUUCCGCCGACAGCCAAACGAUUCCAGACGUUGCCGAAAACACCAUCACGCUCUUUCCACAGACUCCUCCUCCACCAACAUGCGCUGCUUCAGUCAGCUCAUCAUCGCCGCCGCCUCCAUUUCCCCCACAAAUCAUCGAAUCCUCCGACGCCCAUGACAAGACCGUUACCCCCCCGGACUCCAACUCUGACUCUGACACCGACAUCGACGCCGAUGCGAGCGCCCAGGCAUUGAAUUGCUUUCUAUCACAUAGGGCCCCGUUCCUCCCGCAUGUGAGGUGGGCUCGUUGCCUUGCCUUGAGCCGUGUUGUCGCUGCCAAGGAGGGUGCCAUAACGAGCUUGCUAGAGAAGAGUCCCCUCCAAGCUAAGCCGGCAAGGUCCACUCCGACAUUCCACUACAAACUAUUCCGAGAGCGCGUCGCUGGCACCGCGUUUGCCAUGCCGUCCGAGCCCUCCCCAUCGAUACUUUUCCUCCAAGCGAGCGAGAUUGGGCGAUGCCGCGCCGCGUCCCUUCGCCAUCUAUACCUUCAACGUCACAGCCGAGAUCGGAAGCGCCUCUUCGACGACCAUCUCGGUCGCAUCGCAGCCGACAUAGAUGCCUUUCGCGACCCUUACAUCGCUGCCGCUCUCAUCGCAAUGGCCCAGGCCCGGCGCAAGGCCAUCCAGUCUCAAGCGCGAUCGCCUCCGCCCCAUCAGGAUACCUACUCGGUCCGACUGCUCCUCAGCGAUAUCAAUAACCCGACAUGCCUGAGAACGUUUUCUGCCGAAAUACCCGAUGCCUUCCUCGACAAGCUCGCAUACCCCCAGUUGUCCCCUCUGCCGAGCGCCACCUUCCAGAUCGUCCAUACUCCGGUGGCGUACAUGCCAUACGCCUCCUUCCAGUCGAGACUUGGUCAAGUCUUGGUCCCAUCACGCGGUCAGAAGCGCCCAAGAGGCGGUCGAUACGAUCAGGAUACGCCCGAUGAUACCAUGGCGCAGGAGGGGCCCAAUGCGCAAGUCCGCAGGCUGGCAUAACCUCGCAGGCUCUCACCCCGGUGCGUGGGUGUACGUUCUUGGCUGGAAUCCUUACCGGGUCAGGGCUCCCAGCAUUGCAUACAUCAUCAUGACAGUGAUUUUCCCUGCCUUUCUGUUCUGGAUUCAGUCUUCUUGCGGGGGGGUUUUUUUUUCUUUCCUUUUCUGGCGUUUCUUUGGGACUCGGUUCAGUUACAUAUACCCCUGGGUUGUCGGCGUAUUGGUUGUUUAUGCCUACUCUUGUCUUUUGUCCAAAUCGUUCUCGUCUUCCAGAUUUGCCAGGAGACGACCCACCCUACAGUCGCUUAUUACAACGUAAGGGCACAUCGCGUGAAGCUCGCAAAUUAAGUGCGAAGAAGAGAUGGACCCAUCACGUAUGGCUGCUCGCUGCGAAACCGUUCAAGUGACGGAGGUAGAGGGAAAUCACGCGGGCAAUGAAUGAUAUGAAUACGUCUGUAGGAUACGCUCUUCGUCCACGCGACUCCCGGACCUCUCAGAUCGUCAGAUAAAACCUUCCGCCGAUGGCAUCGCAACAUAGUCCCG